CUCUCCGCAAAGUAAUAGAAUAUGAAUACAUAUUAUAACUCUCGCUCACUACUAAGAAAUCAGAUACCUUAUUAAUAUUUAAAAACUGUACUCCGUUUUGAUGUUAGCUUUAUAAAAAAAGUAGAAAAUCUACAUCGUAAUUUAAGGUGCUUUAGUUCUCUAAAAUAUAAAUAAUGUACCCAAGCCAAAUAGGCAGGAAAUCUGAAUGAGGAAUCCACCAAUUUUAAUUCCAUUAACGAUGCAUCAAUUUUAAAUUGCAAUUCUUAUUAUAAUGAAUCUUCCCAACUGCCUUAAAUUGACUAAGAAUAAUAAGAACCAUCCUAGUCAGAUGAUUUUUAUGCAGUUGAGUAUCUAUAACUCAAAAGAUAAUUCAGAGAGAAUUCUAAUGUAAGUGAAUAGGCUAAUUUUACUAUAAUUAGAGAAUUUGAAAAGGGGUUACAAGUGUAACAUUAUUAGACCUAUUAAGAAGAAGUAGAUUUUUAAGGAUAAUAAUAUUAGAGUUAGAAUGAACUUAAAUUUAUUGAAUACUGA